AUUUCCUCACAGCUGGUACCCCUUAUUUCUGGAUCUGUCAAAGUCAACUCCGAUCCGAUCUGACAAGGAUCUGAAAUUUCAGAUUUGCCCAUCUGUUUCUGUCACACUUUUUCCAUCGUGAGUGUUUCGCAAGUGCUCUUGGAAAAGCCAGAAAGAAACCAACCAUGCUCCGCUCUGCCGCUGGUCAAUUGUUUGGAGUGCUCCGGGGAACCGUCGGUUUGACCACUUCCCGUCUGGGUGCCGCUGGAGCUGUCCGCCAUUCUCACAGCAACGAGAGCGCCGAGGAGUUCGAUGCCCGCUAUGAGGCCUACUUCGGCCGGUCUGACAUUGACCACUGGGAGGCCCGCAAGGGAAUGAAUGACCUGCUCGGAAUGGAUCUGAUUCCGGAACCAAAGGUUAUCGUGGCCGCUUUGAAGGCUUGUCGUCGGUUGAAUGACUACGCCCUGGCCAUCCGGUUCCUGGAGGGAUGCAAGGACAAAUGCGGCAACAAGGUCAACGAAAUCUAUCCCUAUCUGCUGCAGGAAAUCCGCCCAACUCUGACCGAACUCGGAAUCGAAACCCCGGAAGAACUGGGCUAUGAUCAGCCGGAAUUGGCGCUGAAAUCGGUGUAUGAUAUGCACUAGAAUGGGUUGUUUUGGCCAGUGGUGCUUUUCCUCCCCAUUUGCAGCAUUAGUUCAAAUAAGUGAAUAAAGUGGACGGAACUAUUCCGACAAGAAAAAAACGUUCUAAGAAUGGUUAUGUAAUCAAUGGCGAUUGUUCGUCACAGUGAAAGAAAUGUGAAAUAAAAUUGGUAAAAAUGAAA